AGGAAAAAGUUGGGUUAGGGUUUUCAUCUGACACUGGAAAAGGGAAGAGUAAGAUGUCCAAGCACGUAACACAUGGGUAUCAUUUGGUUAAAGGGAAAUCCAAUCAUGCCAUGGAAGAUUAUGUUUUUGCAGACUUUAAGCAAGCUGAUGACAAUGAGCUUGGUCUGUUUGCAAUAUUUGACGGUCAUCUGAGUCAUGAUAUUCCUGAUUAUUUGCGAUCCCAUUUAUUUGAUAAUAUAUUGAAAGAGCCUGACUUCUGGACUGAACCGGAGAAUGCAAUCAGAAGAGCAUAUCGUAUAACUAAUACCACGAUUUUGGAGAAAGCAGUUGAUUUGGGUAAAGGUGGUUCUACGGCAGUUACAGUGAUAUUAAUUAAUUGUCAGAAGCUGGUAGUAGCCAAUGUUGGAGAUUCCCGUGCAGUCAUCUGCAAGAACGGUGUGGCAAAGCAAUUAUCUGUUGACCAUGAGCCUAGCAAGGAACGGGAGAUCAUCGAGAACAGAGGUGGUUUUGUAUCAAAUUUUCCAGGUGAUGUUCCGCGAGUUGAUGGACAGUUGGCGGUGGCAAGGGCAUUUGGUGACAAGAGCUUGAAGGAACAUCUUACUUCAGAACCAGAUGUGACUAUGGAGAUUAUAGACGAUGAUACAGAGUUUGUCAUCUUGGCCAGUGACGGUAUAUGGAAGGUAUUGUCAAAUCAAGAGGCAGUGGACUGCAUCAAGCAUAUAAAGGAUGCUCGGUCAGCGGCAAAGCACCUUACCGAGGAGGCACUGGCAAGGAAGAGCAGUGAUGAUAUCUCCUGCAUAGUCGUAAGGUUUCGUUGAUCCUUUUGGCUUCUCUUCACCCUUGUCCCAUGUAAAACUGAAACUGAUCAAAUAGAAAGCAAACACCUCUAAUUGGUGUUUGCUUAUCAAUGCUGUAGAAGUGCACUCAAUCUGAUAUAGUGCAGCCACUGUAUAAGUGUGUGUGUCCAUCUAAGUUUAUAGGGUCUGUUGGAGAUUUUGCUCAUCGUUCAAUUUGUGCUUUUGUUCCCUUUGAAUAGACCACCAAGAGAUUAAAGUCGUCCCCAAAACUUGGGGUGAUUGAUGUUGAUCCUUACUUCAUUCUGGUUUCUAUGUCGAUGAGACAAAAUGAACUUGCUUGCAAGAUAUGAAGAAUUUUGAUAUUUGUGAACUAUUGUUAGUGAUUUUCCACUCACCUGGUGACUAAUCAAAUGGAU